CUCUCACUCUUUUUUUUAUUUGCUUACUCGAGUAUACUUGAACCUUCUAUAUUACUUUCUUAUAUACACUUUAAAUAAUGGACACGAAAAGCGAAGAGCAGGUGCAAAUUCGGCUGGUUGCCAAGCAGCAAAAGUAUGCGGUUCCCGAGGCGCCGAUCGUUGUCCCGCAGCAGCUCCAGCGCUACGGUCUAUCUGAGAUUGUAAACCAUCUUUUGGGCAACGAAAGGCCCAUUCCCUUUGACUUUCUCGUAGACGGACAGUUCCUGCGCGACAGUAUCUCCGGGUACCUAAAGGAAAAGAGCCUGUCGGCCGAAAACAUCCUGACGCUUGAGUAUGUCGAGUCGAUGCUGCCGCCGACAGAGAUUGCGUCGUACAGUCAUGAUGAUUGGAUUAGCUCUGUGGUUGCUGCGUCCAGGGAUAAGUUUAUUGUUGGGUCCUACGAUGGUAUCGUGCGCCUGUGGAAUGCGCAGAGCGAGUGCGUGGACACACUGGUGGGCCAUGAUUCUGCGGUCAAGUGCGUGGCGGCAGCUACUGCCGGUGGGGCGAAGACCAGAGUGGAGUUUAUCUCUGGGUCGCAGGACCGGACGGCUAUUGCCUGGGGCAUGAAGAACGGUGCGCGGAAGGCCCUGUAUGCGGCCCGCGGACACACGGACAGCAUCGAGGCUGUGUCGAUCAAUCCAUCGAACACGCACUUUGUCACGGCUUCGACAGACUCGACGAUCCGGUUCUGGAGCCUCGCAGCACCCAAGCAGUCGGAGGACGCCAUACUGGAUGACGCCGAGACGGCACCUCUUGCCAAGAAGAGGAAGAGCGCCAACGCGCAGUUCAUGACAAAGGCGGCUAUCGGUACUCUGACCGGUCACGUCGGUGCGGUUACCAGCGUGUGCUUUAACAAGGACCAGGAGUCGCAGAUUUUCUCUGGCGGCUGGGACCACUCUGUGCGCACAUGGGACGUGGCCUCGGGCGUCAACAUGGCGACUAACCUGUGCGAUAAGGUUGUCCUGGAUAUUGACUACUCGGUGCAUUCGCGGCUUAUCGCCACCGGCCACGCCGAUCGGUCGAUCAGGCUGUGGGACCCGCGGUCCGACGACAACACGGUGGUCAAGCUGCGCCUUACCAGCCACAAGGGCUUUGUUUCGAGCGUCGCGUGGGCGCCCAACUCGGCGUACAUGCUGGCAUCGGCGUCGCACGAUAGCACCAUUAAGGUGUGGGAUAUUCGCAGCCGCACACCACUGUACACCGUGUACCCGUCCAGCGACAAGGACAAGGGAAAGAAGCUGCUGGCGCUUGACUGGCACGAGUCCUUGCUGCUUGCUGGUGGCGAGAGCGGAUCGCUCAGGAUCCAUUCGGUCAACAGCCAGUACGAGGACGCUGCGCAAACGCUGGUCCAGGCUGAGGACUGAUCUGCUGAUUUAAUUGUUUUCUCAUUUUUAGAAAUAAAGAUCUAGGUUGGAGGAGCUGCAAAAAAAAGACUCACAAAUACAAAUAAACUAAAAAAUGAACAGUAUUGAUGUUUUGGCGUGUUUUUCAGUUGCGUAGCUUUAAAGACUUUUACAAAAACAAUACUCGCAAAAGAAAAAGGCAUUGUCGAUGAUGGCGAUAUGCGCUUAGUUGGUAAUGCCAUGUGGUGCGCCGCAAAGGCGCAAGUGGCCAAAAUAAAGUGCAAAUAGAAAAGUGCAAAUAGAAAAGUGCAAAUAGAAAAGUGCAAAUAGAAAAGUGUAA